CCAGGAAGUGUUUUACCAGCCAAUCGAAGUCAGCGUUGCAAACCAACAGGGGCAGAUAAUCAAGUGCAGAACCUAUGAGAUGGAUAGGGAUACAGUUGAUGACCCAAAGCCAAGCCCACACUACAAGAAAGUGGUUUUAGCCGGGGCCAGACAAAAUGGACUCCCAGAGGAGUACGUCCGUUUUCUAGAAAGUUUCCCGGACAAUGGACUCGCACAAACUCCGCCUCUUUAUCAAAAAGUAAUUGACACAAUUAACAUGUUCAGGCAAAAUGCAGCAAAAGAACAAAGCACAAAUCAUUAUAUAGAAGCUCAUGACAUCUUGUAA